AUGGCCACCGCGGGCCUGCGCGCGCUUCCGAUCGCGGUGUCGCGCGACGCGAGCGUGACGAUCGAUUUCUGGGCACCGACGAGCGCGACGAACGUGCGCGCGCACUUUUGCACGCACGCGCACGCGGAUCACGUCGUCGGAUUGGGACGCCGAGGAUGGUCGCCGGCGCGCGCGGGGGGGAAGAUCUUCUGCACGGAGAUCACGCGAGAGGUGCUGGUGAGGCGAUGGCCGACGCUGGGGCGACACGCGCGCGCGCUCGAAGUCGGCGAACCGACGGCGAUACGAUUGACGGCGAACACGACGGUCACGGUGACGCUGAUCGACGCGGGACACUGCCCGGGGAGCGCGAUGGUGCUGAUCGAUGGACCGCGCGGACGCGUGCUGCACACGGGAGAUUUUAGACGGGAAGAUUUCGGGACGAGGGCGGCGCUGCCGAGAUGCGUGACGCGGGCGCCGAUCGACGCGUUGUACCUGGAUAACACGUACGCGCAUCCGACGUGCGUGUUUCCCGAUCGCGGAAGCGCGACGGCGGAGGUGAUCGCGCUG